AUGACCAUUACUAAAUUCUCUACUACCAAACUUCCCUCAUUUUUGCUUGCUUCUUCUUCUCAGUUGCGCUAUAGCAUGGCUACCAGCUCUCCUUUGCAUUUGCGCUGGAUCAGCCACCAAGCUGUUGAGAAAAAGUCUUGGGAUAAAACUCUUGCCGAUAUCAAUACCCACAACGAGGCCGAGGAAGCUGAUAGCCAUCGUGCCAUGCUGACUCGUGACCACCCAGGAGCUACUAUGGCCCAGCUCAAAAGUGUUGAGGUUGCGCACCAUGUCCCAGAAACUUGGACCGACGCCGCAGCCCAGAAAACCCUCCACCUUGUACGCUAUGGUUUCGAUCUGCUCACGGGUUACCACCACGUCCCCAAGGGCGAGGAAAAUAACCCGAGAUACAUUAUGACACGCGAAAAAUGGCUUGAGCGGUUUGUUUUUUUGGAAUCGGUGGCUGGUGUUCCUGGCAUGGUUGGUGGUAUGGUGCGCCAUUUGCACUCUCUGCGAUUACUGCGCCGCGACCGCGCGUGGAUUGAAACCCUUUUAGAUGAGGCUUAUAAUGAACGCAUGCACUUGAUUACAUUUUUGUCAGUGUACCAGCCAGGAUGGGCCAUGCGUGGACUCUUGCUGUUGGCUCAAGGAACCUUUUUCAAUCUCUUUUUUGUUGCGUAUCUUAUUAUGCCCCGUGUGUGCCAUCGGUUUGUCGGGUACCUCGAAGAAGAGGCUGUGGUGACAUACUCCCGUUGCAUUGAAGACAUUGAGGCCGGCCGUCUCCCCGAGUGGAAAACAGAACCGGCCCCAAAGAUUGCGAAAAAGUAUUGGAAGAUGGGUGAGGAUGCUACCAUGUUGGAUCUUAUUUACUAUGUGCGUGCAGAUGAGUCCAAGCACAGAGAAGUCAAUCACACUUUUGGUAACUUGGACCAGAAGCUAGACCGCAACCCCUAUGCUUUGCGCGUUGAAGAUAAUGAACAGCGCCCACAACCUGCAAGUGAUUUCCGAUACUCUAAGCCUGCUGGCUGGCGCCGCUCUGAGAUUGCCGCUUAA